AUGGAAGAAGAAGCUGGAUCUUCUUUAGAUCCUAGAAUAACGGAAGUUUGUAAUAUUUUAUGGGGUAAUAAUGUGACAAACGAAAUAUUUCAAAGAUGGUCACAAGGUUUUGUUUUUAGUAGAGAUGAACCCACAGCUUUGGUACAAAAAGCUGGUGGUCCUUGCGCUGUUAUUGCACCAAUGCAAGCAUUUGUUUUAAAAUAUGUAAACAGUGUUAAUCAUAUGAAAACUAUAAAGGAAGAUGAAAUUUUAAAAAUUCUUAUUAGAGCUGCGACUGACAUUUUAAGGCAAACAUGCAAGAAUAACACAAACUAUUUUUUAUUUAGAUGUAAAAAAAUGAGGCAUAUGAUAAAUAAAAUAACAGCUGAAGAAGGAGUUAGAAGAGAAAAUCAAGUUCUAGAUGAUGUUUCUCAACCAAUUUUAGAUUUAGAUAAUAUUAGCUUUAUUAAAUUUCAUGAAAAUAUUGAAAUUGUUAGAAAAACUGGAAUUGAACAAGUUUUUAGUGAAUAUAGUGAUGAUGUUACUAGUUAUUUGACUUGCAGCUUUGGGGUUCUUUUAUUUUUAUAUUCUGUGAUGUUGACUAGAGGUCUUGAUGAACUUCGAGAUGAACUGGCAGAUCCGACAGACAGUCUGAUAGAAAAUACUUUCGGUUAUGGAAGUCAAAGUUUAAUUAAUUUAAUGUUAACAGGAAGAGCUGUUAGUCAUGUUUGGGAUCACGAACAUGAUAUUGGAGGCUUAAAAUUAAAAGGACUUGAUAGACAAAGUUCUGUAGGGUUUUUAACUUUGCUCGAACAUCUUCAACUAUGUGAAGUAGGAAGUUUUUUUAAAAAUCCAGAGCAUCCUAUAUGGAUUUUAGGAUCAGACACACAUUUAACAGUAUUGUUUUCAUUUGAGAAGCAAUUAGUUGGAAAAGAAACACCUUGGGAAGAAGCAAGAAGGGUUUUUAAAACUUUUGACUGCGAAGGAAAUAAUUUUAUAUCGGCAAAAAAUUUAGGACCUUUGCUCCAAGCCUUAGGAUUAGUUUGUGAAGACGAUUAUGUUGAAAUAAUGGAAAAAAAAUUAGAUAGUGAAAAUCUAGGUAUUAUUUUACUAAAAGAUUUUAUGGACGAGUUUUUCCCUGAAGAAAAAAAAAGUACUCCAGAUACAUUUACCGUGUGGCAUUAUAACGGCUUAGCCAAAAGUUCACCUGAAAAUAAGGUAAGGUACCAUAAAGGAAAUGCCAUUAUAUUAGAAUGUAACGUUCGAUACGUUCUUGAAUCGAACAACAUGUUGACAGUUCUUCAAACCAAAUGGCCUUCAAUAGACGUUCAGUGGGAAAACAAUUACACUCCUAGUUUAAACUGA